AUGGCAAAGAAUUUCCUCGCGCUUAGUGCCAUCACCGGCCUCUCGAUCUACUUUGCAUCCCUUCUCCCAGCUUCACACGCACAGGAGACUAUCACUCUCUACAACUGGAAGGCACCAGACAACGCAGAGACUCCAACCGGCGAGCUCGGUGCCAUCGAAAGCGCUCUCAAAGCCGCCGAAGAUAGCAAGAGCAUCGUCCAAGUCGCUCCCGUCGCGGUGGGAGGAGAUGGAGCUACGUUCUACCGCGCAGUUGAAGCACAGAGUAUCGUCGCCUCUGUGAGGGGCGACCAGUUGGCCACAGUCCACCUUCCUACACCGACCACCAAUACAUAUACCUUCCGCGCAGAUGCUUCCCGGAUCCACCAGAAAGCCACGUCUCAGUCAAUGAUCGCGGGAGUCACAGCCGCCAUCAGCUACUCCUCCGACUGCACGCACGACGUCGACAGCGAUACACCAGUCGAGGAAGGGGUGAUGGUCUGCAACGUGAAGCUCGAAGCGUCGGCUCAAGUAAACAAGCAGGCUAUCAUCACCACAAGCGAAGGGGUUGUCACCGGCGUCCCAACACCGUGGGCGACAGUCGUCAACUCCGAAGGACUUGUUUUACCAUCUGCCGAGCCUGAGGGGGAAGAGGAUGGAUCGGCAAUGUCCAAAGCGGGUGCGAUGGUGCCGGCCUUGUUGAUUACCAUGGGCAUUUGUGCCGGACUCCAGCUCACCUUGUAA